GUACCCUUACCAAUUAUCGACUUCGCCUCUGGAAUUCUACGAUGUGUGUCUUUAAACGGUGAAUGUCAGGGGGCGUUUCUAUGCGGGUGUUCGAUAAUACUGGCCAAAUCUUGGAAAAGGCACCCGUCCUGGCGGAUAUUGAGACCUCUGAUCCCACAGACUCUCUUCAAAAACUAUCACAACGCGUCGAGGUCUGGAUUGCCUAUCCCUCAAAUCCUGUGGGGAACAUCAGCUGCGCCUCUUACAUUUUUUCCUUUUUCGAUCGGUCUAUUUCUCACAUAAUGCAUUGCGGCGCAUUCUCGCUCACUUUCUAAGCAUCGCACAUAUCUAUACACGUCGUUGCGAUGAGUCUCCAGGCUUCCAUUGCGCGACAUCGCCCGCGAGCUGCAAGCUCGCCGGCCGAGGUCGAACCCUACGUGGUGCCGCCUUCACAAGAGUUCAAUGGCAACGAUGGUAGUUGGAGUACAUUCAAAAUCAAUGUUGGGGGGCAAGAGAUGCGGGUGCUGGCGUCGACCAAGAGUGGAGAGACAUAUGUGAUUGCUCCGGAUGGAUGUACAGAUCCGCGGGAUCCAUCGGAUUGUCCUCAGCUUCGAGGCGCUGGCCUGCUCAACAAUGCACAAAGUAGUGGCUUCCAAAGUAACGCUUCUUCAACGUGGUCAUCCAUCGGGCAGUUUGAAAUCAACUUGGAAAAGAACGUCGGCUACGCGGGUAGGGGGGAGUAUGGCUACGACACGGUGUCUCUGGGUCCAGCUUCCAGCAGUGCGUCAGUUUCUAUGGACAAACAAGUCGUAGUCGGCGUCGGAUCUCUGGACUACUGGAUAGGACACAUCCCGUUAGGAACCCCCGAAUCAUCGUUUUGUACCUCGUGCGAAGCCGAUAAAUCCCUCCUCUGGCAACUCCGAGACAAUUCCAAAAUCCCCAGUUUGUCCUUCGCCUACACAGCAGGCGCCAAAUACAGAUCCAAAUCGCCUUUUGGUCAACUCAUCCUCGGAGGUUACGACACAACCCGCUUCAAGCCAAAUCAAAAUGAUUUCUCGUUCUCGUUCUCAACCAACCCGACCCAGCUGCUCACGGUGGGUGUGCAAUCUAUUCAAUCUACCAAUACGCCUAAGGGAUCUUAUACUUUCUCAUCGAAAGCCCAUUUUUCCCUUGUCGACUCCACAGUUCCACACCUCUGGCUCCCCCGCGAAAUCUGCGACGAGUUCGAAGACGUGUUUGGCCUGACCUAUGACCCAGAAAAAGAUCUUUACCUUGUCAACGAUACGAUGCACGACCAGUUGACAUCUCUCAAGCCCGAAAUCACUAUAAAACUUGGGAACUCACUUGAGAACCAUCCGCAGAAUCACACAAGCGUCGUCCUCCCUUACUCGGCGUUCGACUUACAGGCCUCAUACCCCUACUAUAACAAAUCCACAAAUUAUUUCCCCAUACGCCGCGCGGCAAACGACUCGCAGUAUGUCCUGGGCCGUACUCUCCUCCAGGAAGCCUACCUGGUUGUCGACUAUGAACGCAGCAACUUUUCCAUAUCGCAAGCUACGUAUGCCGACCCAGCGCCCCCAGCGAACCUCGUCACCAUCUCGCCACCCUCUACCUCGGAAUCAAGCUCGAGUGGACUCAGCAGUGGCGCCAUCGCAGGGAUCGUGAUCGGUAUCGUCGCCGUUCUCAUUGGCAUUGCCGUUGCUGUCAUUCUAUUCCUCCGUCGCCGCCGUAACCAGAGCCGCAAAGACGCUGCAUCGCGGGACAUGAACUUGAAGAACCAGAAUGAAGGCCACGCAAACGAACUUGAUUCUGAGUUCUCGGAGAGGCGGCGACAUGACCAGCCGACUGAACUCGCUUCUGAAGACGUAGAGGAGCUAGUGCCUUCGCAGUACAAAUUCAGAGGCGCGUAUGGCCAAUCCACGUCCGGCCUAUCGUCUCCAGUGAUGCCACAGGAAUUAUCGGAGCAGACCUUCACGCCGGCGGUUGAGCUGCCGUCGAGUACUCAGUACUACGAGAUGGAAGGAGAUAUGGGCACAAAAGAGCGAAAGGGAGUGUGA